AUGGAAAAGAAGCAAAGUGAAAGCUUCAGGCAAUAUGCCCAAAGAUGGAGAGAAGUAGGGACACAAGUCCAACCACCUCUUUUGGAGAAAGAAACCACGAUCCUUUUCAUCAACACUCUGAAAGUCUCAUUCAUUAACCACAUAUUGGGAAAUACUACCAUUAGCUUCUCAGAUAUGGUAAUAUCUGGCGAGAUGAUUGAAAACGCGAUAAGAAAUGAGAAGAUAGAUGCGAGAGAAAGCAUCAAAAGAUCAACCUCAAAGAAUAAGGAAAUUGAAGGGAAUAACCUGAGCAUAUAUAAUAAGGGGUAUUCUAAAUCGGUCACUGUAGACCAGCUGAGAGCCAUAACCACUAGCUAUCAAGGCACCUUAAGGCAAGAAUCUAACUCGAGGCCAAACACAGAAAGACUCCAGUUCACACCCAUCUCGAUGACAUAUAGAGAGCUGUAUCAGAAUCUGUUUGAUGCGCAUAUGAAUUCGGAGGAGAGACCAAAAGGAAUGAGGAGCUACUGUGAGCUCCAUGCUAAAGGAGGCCAUGAAAUCUGGGAGUGCGCUGAAUUCAAAACUUUGGUGCAGAGCCUAAUGGAUAAUAAAGAGUUGGAAUUCCUUGAAGAGGUCAAAGGCCCAGAAAGAAUGUUAGGGAAUUUGAACGUUAACGCGGUAUCCGAAGAUAAAGUCGGGGAAGAGAAUUUACGAGGCAUCUGUCCUUACACACCUGGAAGUGUUUUGAAUAAUUGGACUGUGGAAGAGAUCCCUAUAUUUUUUAGAGCUGAUCUAGAGUCUCCAAAUAUCAAUGAUAUGAGUGACACUGUUAUUGACUCAGAACCUCCUUUUGAGCAAGAUAUGUGUCCAGAGGAACCACAGGACUUUGAAGAUGACCGAGACUGUAACUUAUCUCCUAAUUUACAAGCUCACAUUUGGAGACAUGCUUUCAACUUUGUAAGCUUCAUGUCUCUAAAAUGUGCACUUGAUUUAGGUAUUCUAGAUAUCAUUCAAAAUCAUGGCAAGCCCAUGACUAUUACCGAGCUAGUUGUUGCGCUACCGAUGCUUAACCCUACUAAAGCAUGUGACAUCUAUCGGAUCAUGCGCAUUCUAGUUCACUCGGGCAUCUUUGCACGCCAAAAGCUAUACAAUGAUGCUCAAGAAGAAGGAUAUGUUCUCACCAACUCUUCUCGUAUUUUGCUCAAGGAUAAUCCCUUUUGCAUAACACCUACUUUGAACGCUACGAUGGAUCCCGUUAUAACAAAGCCUUGGAGUUUUCUAAGCACCUGGUUCCAAAAUGAUGAUCACACUCCAUUUGCUACCACAUAUGAGGAGACAUUGUGGGACUAUUUUGCCCAUGAUCCACAGCUACAAGAUUUGAUAAAUGAUGGCUUAGCUAGUGAUUCUCAAUUGGUUACUAAUGUUUUUAUCGACAAGUGUAAAGAGGCGUUUGAGGGAUUGAUCUCCCUUGUAGAUGUUGGGGGUGGCACAGGAACUACGGCCAAGGCCAUUGCUGAUACAUUUCCGGACAUGGUGAGCACUGUGUUUGAUCUUCCUAAUAUCGUUGCUGGCCUGCAAGGCAGUAAGAACUUGAAAUAUGUUGGAGGCAACAUGUUUGAGGCAUUUCCAACUGGAGACGCAAUUUUAUUAAAGAAAGCGUUGCACGAUUGGGAUGAUGAAGGAUGCUUGAAAAUUUUGAAGCGAUGUAAAGAGGCCGUUUCAAGCCAAGACAAGGUAGGAAGAAAGUUGAUCAUAAUUGACAUGGUUGUGAGGGAGAAUGAGAAAGUGAAUGAUGAAGCCUCAACCUUAACUAAAACACAGCUCUUUUUCGACAUGUUGAUGUUGGUGUUGGUGGCUGGAAAGGAGAGGCAGCAAGAAGAAUGGGCUAAGCUGUUUUCUGCAGCUGGUUUUAGGUCCUACAAAAUUACUCCUAUUGUAAGUUGAUCAUCUAAAGCGAUAGUAU